AAAAAAAAAAGACAAGAAAGCAGGGAUACAGGAAGUGGUGGGAGUUCUCAUACCUUUGUCCAUAAACUUCAUAGAGUUGGGUAUAUCUGGUGCCCCAUAUUCUCAAAGGGUAAGCACUCCAGUCUGUCUAUAUGAAGACCCACCCAAUUCCAACAGUUUAUGAAUUCUUGCCUUAUGGUCACUCUAUGUCCUCUCACAUCCUGGAGCUCCCUGGGUUGCCCCUGACAGAUCCUGUCUCUGGCAAGAUUCCCAUGAAAUCACUUUGAGGCCAACCCUGGACUUUGUUCCCAGUGCUAGAAUGAUUCCCUAUUUGCUGGUUGUGACCUCAGGCAAAUCAUUUGUCAUUUCUGGGCCAAUAUAGGAAAGGUAAUUCAAAUUUCCUAAAAUUGUUGUGAGGAGUAAAUGCCUGCAAAGCAUUAACCACAACUUGUGGCCGAUCAUAAGCCUUUAGUAGGUAGUUAUUAUCUCUUGCCUACUGUCACUGCCCUUCCUUUUUUUAGCUAUGGGAUUGUAACUUCCUGAAGUCCGGGGUUCCCAGAACGGAUUAGUUUUGAAUGUCACUUAAUCCUGGAGGCCCUUCCGCAAUUGGAGCCUAGAUUGGGGCUGAUAGGGACCAAACUGAUAUAAACUGCGUAAGAGGCCUGGCUCAUAGACACUGCAGGAUGGAGCCAGGUUCAGGAAAGAAGCUGCUGCUGCUGUUGUGGGCAGUGUACUGCAAACAUGCACUGGCAGAUGGACUGAUCGGCUACCCUGUUAUUGAAGUGACCAAUGGGGGCCCCUGGGGCGACUGGGCCCCACCUGAAAUGUGUCCUGAUGGAUACUUUGCCAGUGGGUUCUCACUCAAGGUAGAGCCCCGUCAAGGCAUUCUUGGUGAUGACACGGCUCUGAAUGGGAUCCGGCUGCACUGCACACGUGGUAACGCUGAGCUCAACACUCAAGUUGUGGAGUCUCAAUCUGGAAAGUGGGGUGCAUGGAGUGAGCCUCUGUGGUGUCCUGGUGGCAGCUUCCUAGUGGCUUUCUCACUUCGCAUGGAAGCACCUAUAACCCCUGGGGACAAUACUGCUGCGAACAACAUGCAUUUCCGAUGCUCAGAUGGCACGGAGUUGGAGGGGCCUGGGCUGGACUGGGGAAAGUUUGGAGAUUGGAGCGCCCCUUGCCCGAAAGGUGCGUGUGGCUUACAGACCAAGAUUGAGCAGCCUAGAGGCCUUCGUGAUGACACUGCACUUAAUGAUGCACGAGUAUUCUGCUGCCUCACCUAACCUUGUCCUAACCUUGUUGCAGUCCUGUCCUUGGCUAGCCCAGAUGCUAGUCCCAUCUUCAUCUUGGUGUUGGUCUGGCUUGUUUUAGGAAUGAGAAAUUGUGUCUCCUGUUUACAUUCUACCCAGCACUGGGUAAGGUCUACAUUUGAGUGAGAUCUUAGGAAGUCCACAGUAGGCUGCUGCAAGUUAUGGGCCCCUUAGUCAAGAAAAACUUGUGUAUGUGUAUGUGUGUGUGUGUAUGUGUGUGUGU